AUGGAACAAUAAUUAUUAUGUCCUACUCAUAAUUAGUAAAUACAAAUAGUUUGUUUUAAUGAAUAAUGUUAAUUAUUUAGAUUCAGUUGUUAUGAAUGUUUAAAUAAGGAACAUCAUCUUAGUCAUAUUAAAGAAUUAAAAACAAUAUAAGAGUUUCUUGAAUUUAAGUAAUAAAAGCAAAAGGAAUAUCAAGAUUUUGCCUUAUAAAUUAAAAAUGAUCUUGAUUUAAUAAUGAAUUUAUUAGAUGAAGUAAGAGAGAAGCUUCUAAAAUUUGAUAAGUAUGAAAUGGAUACUCUUGAUUAAAUGAAUGAUCUUUUAGACUUAUUGCUAGAAAAUUAAAAAGUUUAAAAUAAAUACGCGUUGAUCAUUGUUGAAUAAUAAUAAAAACUAAUGUCCAUAUUAAAAAACUACAAUUCAAAUUUAAAGGAAACUUAAAUUAAUUUACAAUCAUAAAAUUCAACUUAGAAUAUACUUAAAUAUCAAUUAAUAAAUAAACUAAAAGAAAGUCCAAUUUACUCAUUUUCAUUUAAUAAUGAUUCUUCUAUACUUGCUGCAGGCUAUUCAUCAGGAUAGAUAUCUAUAUUUGAAUUGAACUAAGACAAAAUAACAAAAUCUUAAAUAGUAAAUUAACAUAGUAAUGCUGUUUAUUGUUUAUAAUUUUUUCAUAAAAAGGAUUGGCUAAUUUCAGGGAGUUAAGAUAAAAUGAUAAUAAUUUGGUCUUUUGAAAAUAAAUACUGGUUUUGCUAAUAGAGAAUAGACGCGCAUUCUGAUUGGAUUUCCCAUAUUAUUAUAAAUAAGAAUGAUAGUCUAUUUAUAUCUAGUAGCGGAGAUAAAACAAUCUAAUUUUGGAAUUAAGAAGAAUAAUGGAAACGUUCUUAGAUUUUAACUGCACAUGUAAAUACAGUUAAUAGUCUGAGCUUAAAUUUUGCUGAAGAUUAAUUAAUUUCUUGUUCUUGUGAUUAAACAAUUAAAGUAUUUGGUUUUUAAAAUUCUAUUUGGAUUCUUCUUUAAACUAUUAAUGUAGAUAAAUUAGGAUUUAGAUUAUGUUUCAUAGAUAAUUUUACUUUUGUUUUUCAAUCUGAAAAAUCUUUGGAAUUAAGCAUCUAUAAAAUUAAUGAAACAAAUGAAUAAUACUAUCUUACUAAAAAUAUUUCAGUAUAAAAUGAUAAUCAUUGCAGUAAUUUAUUUCCAUUAAAAUUUGUUAAAGCAAAAAAUUUGAUUUUAAAUAAAAAUGGUUCUAAAGUGAUUCUAAUUAAAAUCUUAAACAAUGGAUAAUUUGUGGAAUAAGAACAUAUUGAUUUUAACACAAGAUAUGUAUAUGGUGUUAUUUCCAAUGAUGGCAAUUAUUUGACAACAUGGGAUCAAAAUUCAAAGUAUUUAUAGAUAAGAAGAGUUGUUGAAUGA